AUGAGCCACUCGAAACUAGCUGGUGAAUCCAGCGACACGUGCAAGGUGGAACCGAUCUCCACCCUAUCCCCAGCUCAAGUUAGUGAGCAAAUGAACCUAGCUCGCCUCGUUAAGGACUCAAUUUUCAGCACCCCACUACUCCGUCUCAAUGCUAAGGCACCCGCUCAAUGGCUAGCUCGCGCUGAGGAUGCUAUGUCCGUCAAUGCCCUGCCCGAAACCCUGUGGCCCCGAGCCAUACCGCAUAUUAUCGAUGAGUUUGUCCACGAGGACUGGACCACUUACCGUGGUAGCCAUGGACUGUCGGACCCAACAUGGGCUAACUUCCGGUCCUUCAUUAUGGCUACCUAUGGCGGCCUGAAGACCUCAGUAGAAGCUGCACUCCAGUUCCGCAACCUCAUGUUUGAUGGAGAUAUCCAGGCAUUCAACAACCAGUACCUAGCUGUGAUUCGCCGCCUAGGUAUUGAUCGUAAGCUUGAGUGGGUACACAUCGAGUAUUGCUUCCGUCUACCUGACCCGAUUGGUGCCAAUACGCUUGACAAGAGCCCGAAGGACCUUGAGCAUACUAUGACGCUCGCAUCACGCCAUGCCGCAUGGCAAAGCAUCAUAGCAGCUGCACGCAAUGACCAAGGAGAAGGCAUGAUGGUAGAUAGAACAGUCUUCGGGCGUCGUACUAUCCGUGCUAUAGGCACGCGCCAGUCAAAGGGCUGCCCAGCCCAACGUAACCAGGGGGAACCACGCGAACUGCGCCAACGACCGCCUAUCCCUUACGAGCCCUACAAGGAGUUUUGCACGAAUGAGGAGUUCCUAGACCGACUUGCUAGAGGCCUCUGCAUCCUCUGUGGUAAGCGCGGCCAUGUCAAGGCUAACUGUGCCCUCGGGAUGCCCAAAGCCAAAGCCAAAGCCAAGUCAAGACAGGCGACGAUGUUCCCACAGGGGGCGGCAGAGUCUGACAACAGCUAUUCGGAUGCUGAGUCGCAACUGGGAAAAGACUUCUGA